AUCAAAACGGGACCUGUCGUCUACGGCAAUGUUUCCACUAUCAGGAACACGUCCACAGUUCUUCACACGGAGUGGAUCGAAGCUUCAUCUGGUUCCAUUAAGACCACGUUCACGAAGAGCAAAGAGCACACCCGCAAGUCCUCUUGGAACAACCAACUGUCGAUCACCACUGGUUUCGAAAUCUCUCUGUCAGCGACGCUUCCGAUGGGAUUGGGUGGCUCCAGCAAGUACUACACGGGGAUGAACUUGACAGCCGGCGUAGCUGGAGAAUAUACAGAAUCCGAGACGUUGUCGAUUAAACAACAGAUCAAAACGCCGCCCAACACAUCCGCCAAGAUAGAGUGGAUCGUCGUAGACGAAGUUAAGGAGAUUCCAUGGAGUGCGGACAUCACGAUACAAGGAUGGUUUGCUGUCUGCCUCGACAAGCAGAUCAACGGCAAAUACGUGCACUUCCCGAAAAUCACUGUCCUCCAAGAUCCCGAUCUCAAAAAGAUCAACGACAUCACGGUCCGGUUCACCGUGAAGGGUGUCUUCACCGGCGUCAAGACCAUAGGUGGAAAGCUCAAGGUGUCCAAGUACGACGGCGAAGCCUACAGCCGGAAAUCUUCAUCGGUCACCGUGAAGGAGGUUCCCCUUCAUUAAGUGCCCAUCGUUCUUCACGUUAGACCCCACCACUACCUUCCAGAGACGGCGAAUAAACGUUUUGGUUUCGUUU